CUUUCCCUCUUUCUUCCUUCCAUUUCCUCUCUGCCAAACAGCAUUUUAAGCUUCACCACCUCGAUAAUAACGCUCAAUUCCAAUUUUCAUUGGCUUUCCUGCAAUUUCGUGCAAGAACAGAGGUCAAAUUUACACUGUCAACCCAUUUAUAUACCCUUCUCUCCGACCAAAAGUACCCUUUCCCUCUCCCUCCGUUCCGAUCUCUCCUUCUCUCUCUAAAUAGUUCAUUUUCUUCCCCUCUCUCUCUCUCUACAAAGGGAUCCCUCUGUUCUGUCUUCAAUUUCUCUCUCUAGAAAGAGAAGAAAAGCAGAACAAUGGAAGAUAAGUCCUUCGAAUCGAACCACGAUGAAGCGACCGAGAUCGCAAAUGCCAGCAACAAUCACGGGUGGCAAAAGGUCACAUACACCAAGCGGCAGAGAAAAGGUGCGGCGAAGCCGUCAGAUGCCGGCAAUAUCUUUCCCAACGGAUCCGCCGCAGCCGGCGGUGACAAGGUUUUCCGGUCACUCGAGAAGCAGUCGGAGGAGCGUCGCCGCCGUAUAGAAUCUCAGAGAGCAGCGGCUUCUGCCUCAUAUGAGGCACCGAUUAGAUCGAAGAUUCGAUCCGAUGACGAAGAGGACGAUAGCGAUGCUGAAUUGGCUGGCGGUGUUGUCGAGAACGGGAAAGCGGAGGAGAAGCCGAAGAAGCCGAAGAAGCCAAAGAAACCGAAAGUCAGUAUUGCCGAAGCCGCUGCGAAGAUAGAUGCGGCUGAUCUGUCGGCUUUCCUUGUCGAUGUAUCAGCAUCUUAUGAAUCACAACAGGAUAUACAACUGAUGCGAUUCGCGGACUAUUUUGGUCGUGCAUUUUCGGCAGUGAGUGCAUCUCAGUUUCCGUGGACGAAAAUGUUCAGGGAGUCUACGGUAUAUAAGAUCGCCAAUAUUCCUGUCUCUUAUAUAUCUGAUGAUGUUUAUAAGACAUCAGUUGACUGGAUCAAUCAACGAUCCUCUGAGGCACUUGGCUCCUUUGUAUCAUGGUCGUUGGACAGCAUUCUUGCUGACUUGGCAAGCCAACAAGUGGGUAUUAAGGGCUCCAAAAAGGGUGUGCAACAGACAUCCUCAAAAUCUCUGGUUGCUAUAUUUUUAGUUUUAGCAAUGGUAUUGCGACGGAAACCUGAUGUUCUAGUUAAUUUAUUGCCAACGUUGAAGGAAACUUCUAAGUAUCAAGGACAUGAUAAACUUUCAGUUACUGUAUGGAUGAUAGCUCAGGCCUCUCAAGGAGAUUUGACUGUAGGGUUGUUGUCAUGGGCACAUUACCUUUUGCCUUUACUUGGGGGCAAAUCAAGUUCUAACCCGCAGUCUAGGGAUUUGGUUUUGCAGUUAGUGGAAAGAAUACUCUCUGCCCCAAAAGCUCGUACUAUUUUAGUAAAUGGUGCUGUUAGAAAGGGGGAGCGCGUGAUACCACCUUCGGCACUUGACAUGCUCUUGCGAGUAACCUUCCCUGCAUCUUCAGCUCGAGUCAAGGCAACUGAAAGGUUUGAGGCCAUAUAUCCCACCCUCAAAGAGGUGGCUCUUGCUGGUGCCCCUGGAAGCAAAGGCAUGAAGCAAGUUUCACAGCAGAUAAUGACUUGUGCUGUGAAAGCAGCUGAAGAAGGCGUCCCUGAACUAUCGAAGGAAGCUACUAGCAUUUUUAUAUGGUGCUUGACCCAACACUCUGAUUGCUACAAGCAGUGGGACAAGAUUUAUAUGGAUCAUAUAGAAGUAAGUGUUGCAAUUUUGAGAAAGCUUACCGAGGAGUGGAAGGAGCUCUCCGGAAAACUGUCCUCUCUUGAAACCCUGGGGGAAACUCUUGGAAGUUUUAGGCAAAAGAAUCAGAGAGCAUUGGCUGAUGAAGAGGAUGCUACCGAUCAAGCGCUUUUUAAGGACGCAGACAAGUACUGUAAGGCGAUCUUGGGAAGGCUAUCGCGUGGGCAUGGGUGCAUGAAAGGUUUGGCCUUUGUCAUCAUUGCAGUGGGUGUAGGCGUUGCUAUUAUGUCACCGAGCGUAGAGUCGUGGGAUUGGAACAAAUUGUCGGUAAUGUUUAGCGCCCGGCAAUCCUUCUAAGCCAAAACGUAUUAGAGAAGCAUACAAGUAACCAAUAAUGGACACAGGGAUUUGCUUUUUGACGACAUUGAGCAUGGGCAAAGGUAAUCAAGUUUGCUCCAUAAUAAAGUGGCGGAACGAGGUUUCUCUUGUACAAUUUUAUGAACCCCAUCGUAAUACUGAAACUAGAAAUAGUUGGAAGCCACUACUACUGUCUGAGACGAUCAUAUCGGUACCAGUUUGUUCAGCACCGAUUUGAUUUACGUGUUCCGUUUUUGCCUUAAAUGUAGACCUCUUUUCUUUGUUAUUCACCUCUUAACAUCUUUUAAUACCAGCAAAAUGGUUUUAUAUAGGGAUGAAAUAUGGUACACGUGUAUUGUGCAAUUAAUGUGGCUGAAUCAGGGAAAGAUUUUGAAGACAUAGUUCUAUUGCUUACAAUUUUUAGAUUUGAUUUUUUUUUUUUUUGGUAUUUAUUUCUUGUUUCAUUGUGUUAUGGUAAUGAAUGAAUAUGCAUUUCUUAUGA